GGUGAUGAGAUUACGUAGGUACCUUUCCGGUAGUGAGGCGAUCUGUGUUGGAAACGAAAUUCUGAAACAGUCUUUUGCACGAUUUCUCUUAGAAUUAUACUUCUUCGGUAAUUCAAGACGUCUAAUAAGAGUUGUUGGGACAAAAUUAAGAGAGCAGCCACUUAAUAAGCGAGCUGCGGAGAAACCAACCAGUUUGCUCAAUGCCCUGCAAACAAAAAACCUGCACCUGUAUUGUGAAACCAAGGACAAGGUAUAGAAACAGUUUGAAAAAUGUCAGACGACCUGGUGAAACAGUUGGCCAGCUACAAAGCUCAGCUUCAGCAAGUGGAAGCAGCUUUAUCAACAGAUGCAGAAAAUGAAGACCUGCUUAAAUUACAGAAAGAUUUACAGGAAGUAAUAGAGUUGACCAAAGACCUCCUGUCAAGCCAGCCCUCUGUGGCCCCCACCAGUUCAGACAGCUCAGCUGCAGUCCCCAUCAGCCACUCCUGGGAGGUGGGGGACAGCUGCAUGGCUGUGUGGAGUGAGGAUGGACAGUUGUACGAAGCGGAGAUCGAGGAGAUAGAUGAGGAGAACGGCACGGCUGCCAUUACGUUCUUGGGAUAUGGCAAUGCAGAAGUCGUGCCCCUGCAGAAUCUGAAGGCUGUGGAGGAAGGAAAGAAGUCGGAGGAGGAUGGGGGCAAAUCCAAAUCCAGGAAGGAGCAAAUUGCCCAGCAGAGGGAGUACAAGAAGAAGAAGGCACUGAAGAAAGCUCAGAGAAUGAAGGAACUGGAACAGGAACGAGAAGACCAAAAAACAAAGUGGCAGCAAUUUAAUAACAAAGCCUAUUCGAAGAACAAGAAAGGCCAGGUGAAGAGGAGUAUAUUUGCAUCACCGGAGAGUGUUAAUGGAAAAGUUGGUGUUGGAACAUGUGGAAUAGCUGAUAAACCAAUGACUCAGUACCAAGACACAUCCAAAUAUAAUGUGAGGCAUCUCAUGCCACAGUAACAGGAAAAAGCAUGUAGUUAAUCAAAAUGUAUUGUCAUUAACAGUGUUCUGUAUUAGAAGGAUACUCAUUACUUAUCAGGAUGUAUGUCUCAUCUUAUCUGCUCUUGUAAACAUUUUUAAAACAUUUGACACGCAUAAGUAAUGGCUCAUUGAAAACAUGCUUUUCGGAAUACUGGGUUUUACUGUCGGUAUGUUGGGGAAGAACACAGGCUAAGCAAUGCCAUAAAUAGCAUCCACACUAAUAUAGAAUCACUGUUAAAACUAUUGCUUGAAUAUAUUUCUUCAUAGUUCUGGGACUUCAUUAAGGAGCACUUAUAGUGCAUCUGUAAGUGAUUUAAUGAUGUUCCUAGUAGUUUUUUUUUCCUCAGCGUUAAGUCAUGUUCCAGUAGUGCAGUUCAGUUUUUAUGUGAAUCAGGUCAAGGUUCGUGUUAAUUUGAUGCAUUGGCUGGUUAAAGAUAGGGAAAAAAGUUCCCACUAUAUUAAAGAUAGGAAAUAUUUGUCAUGUAUACUUCAGUUGGCAGUUUAUGAACAACAAACUCAUGUAUAGGUUUUUAAAGAAUCUUGUAUCUAAUAGUUGUGGCACAUGUACAUCAUGCAAAGUGAGUUCAGGGUUGUUUAUUAUUCUAAAGUGACUUAUUCAACAUAUUUCAGUCAACAGAAAAAAGUGCCCAGUCUUGAAUUGGCUAUUUAGUUAAAAUGCUAAAGUAUUCAGUUUUAGUUAUUGUGACCUAAACUGGAAUGGUAGGUUUAGACUGUUUUUACUUUUCUGUGCUAGGAUAAAGCAAAGUACCUACAAAGCAUAUGUUAAUACAAUUCUUCCUAUUUUUGGAGGACUGUGAUUUUUACGAAAUUAAAUGUUACUUUUUGGUUUUGUACAUUUAACUUUUAUCAAAUAAAUGUUAAAAAGUG